AUGUCGAUUCUCAACUGCUCGCUUAUUUUUCUCCUUUCUUAUAUUCAUUUACAGUGUCAUCAUAGUUUUCAUCCACUUUUCAGUUCACUUUUUCUGACAGCAUUGCUCACAUAUAUUUUUGAUUCGGCAAGCCUUGCAAUCUGUGGAUGUUUGGAUUUGUUCGAAUAUACAAAAACAUUUCCGGAUUUGUACAACAUUUUUGAUUUGCUGGAGCGAAUAUCUUAUUUUUAUGUUUCACCCAUUCUGCUUCUUUUACUUUUCGAACGAACAUUUGCCACUAUAUUGGUGGCCACUUAUGAAUAUUCGUAUGGAUGGAAAGCGACUUUUAUAUUUACGCAGAUCAUUACCGUGUUUUCUGUGGGUCUUCUUUGUUAUUUUGAGAUGGAAAUGAAUAGUAUUGUGGAAAAUCUUUGGAGCUACUUUUUAUUUUGCAUCUACCUUUCAAUGUAUUUGGCAUUGUUUAUAUUACUUGUUGUGAAUCGCAGACAAAUUAUCGCUUUGCAAACAGAAAAAGUCACUCUUACAUUGAGAUAUCAAUUGGCCGAAAAUGUGAAAACCAUUAAAAUGUUAUCAAUAUUUUUAUUGUUUGAUACAAUGAUAACUCUUAUUGAUUUGGGAGGCUUCAUUGCUUACGGAAUUGGAGCACAUAUCGAUAAUGAAAGAAUUGAUGAUGUUGUUUACAUUUUAUUUUUUACUGGAACUACCGUAGUAAAUUGUGUUCUCGAAAAUAUUUUCCCAUUCAUUCUUUUAUUCACUACUCAUGCCUACUAUCGGAAAUUUCUGCGGAUUUUCGAUCGAAAAUAUCGAGAAAAAGAGUCCCCAUUUGACCAUGCAAAAGUGAAAGUGCAUCAACUCGCUCCGGUACCCACAAAACAGUCGACGAAAUUGCGAAAUGUUUUGGGAGCAGAAAUUGUAAUGCAACAAGAUACAAAUCGAUAUUUUGAAAACCUUAAAGAAAUGUGGAAA